CACGUGACCCAUCGUAUCACGUGGCCCGCGGGACAACAUGGCUGCGCCCGCGUUCGGGCAGGCUUGUGGACGCUUCCCCGAGCCGGGUCGCGUUCUCUUGCUGCUGCUGCUCUUGCUGCUGUGUGGAGCGGCAGGGAGCGAGAGCGAGCAGGCCGGGACCGGUGCGGGCGCUGGGUCCCUUGCGGGUUCUUGUGGCUGCGGUACGCCCCAGCGGCCUGGGGCCCAUGGCAGUUCGGCGGCCGCUCACCGAUACUCUCGGGAGGCUAACGCUCCGGGCCCCGUACCGGAAGAGCGGCCGCUCGCGCACUCGAAGAUGGUCUUCAUCCCUGCAGGAGUAUUUACAAUGGGCACAGAUGAUCCUCAGAUAAAGCAGGAUGGGGAAGCACCUGCGAGGAGAGUUACUAUUGAUGCCUUUUACAUGGAUACCUAUGAAGUCAGUAAUGCUGAAUUUGAGAAGUUUGUGAACUCAACUGGCUAUUUGACAGAGGCUGAGAAGUUUGGCGACUCCUUUGUCUUUGAAGGCAUGUUGAGUGAGCAGGUGAAGACUGAUAUUCAACAGGCAGUUGCAGCUGCUCCCUGGUGGUUACCUGUGAAAGGUGCUAACUGGAGGCACCCAGAAGGGCCCGACUCUACUGUUCUGCACAGGCCAGAUCAUCCAGUUCUCCACGUCUCCUGGAAUGAUGCAGUUGCCUACUGCACGUGGGCAGGGAAGCGGCUGCCCACGGAAGCUGAGUGGGAAUACAGCUGUCGAGGAGGCCUGAACAAUAGACUUUUCCCCUGGGGCAACAAACUGCAGCCCAAAGGCCAGCAUUAUGCCAACAUUUGGCAGGGCGAGUUUCCGGUGACCAACACUGGCGAGGACGGCUUCCAAGGAACUGCGCCCGUUGAUGCCUUUCCUCCCAAUGGUUAUGGCUUAUACAACAUAGUGGGGAAUGCGUGGGAAUGGACUUCAGACUGGUGGACUGUUUAUCAUUCUGUUGAAGAAACACUUAACCCAAAAGGUCCCCCUUCUGGGAAAGACCGGGUGAAGAAAGGUGGAUCCUACAUGUGCCAUAGGUCCUACUGUUACAGGUAUCGCUGUGCUGCUCGGAGCCAGAACACACCUGAUAGCUCCGCUUCGAAUCUGGGAUUCCGCUGUGCAGCCGACCGCCCGCCCACCAUGGACUGACAACCAAGAAGAGCCUUUCGCAAUCCAUGGAGGAGUCAUGUCUGGCCUACACUGGGCUUCCCUCAGAACUUUGAACAAUCUCACGCAAAGAAUUCCCACCCUGAGGUGGGUUACAUACCUGCCCAAUGGCCAAAGGAACCGUCUUGCGAGACCGAAUCGCUGACCUGGGUCAGUGCAUGUGCUUUAUUGUGUGGUGCGUCUUUGGAGAUCAUUGCCUUAUUUUACUUUUGAGAGUCUUUAAAGAGGAAGGGGAGUGGAGGGAACCUUCAGAAGGCCGGCAUCCUACCCAGGCCCUGCCACAGGGGUCAGACCCCAGGUUCGACACUUGACCUUCCUGGGCCUCAAGUGCCCUCCCCUAUCAAAUGGGGGGAUGGACAGCUUGACCUCUGGGGUUCUCUCUAACUCACCAGUUCUAAAGAGGAUAUCAGAUUCUAUUGUGACUUCAUACUGAGAAUUUAUGAUAGUUUAUUUUUUAGCUGUUUUUUUUUCCAUGUGUGAACCUUGGGUGAUACUAAUCAUAUAAAGUUAAGAAUUCUCUUAUGUAUUGUUUUGAGAAAAGGGGUGGUGGUGACUCCUUUAUAUUCAUACUGCACUUUGCUUUUCCAAGGAAACCAGUGUCUUUUACAUUGUUAUGAUGAAUCCCACAUGGGCCAGUGAUGGUAUGCUGAAGUUCAGCCAUUGAACACGCAGGAAUGUCUGUGGGGUGACUCUACUGUGCUUUAUCUUUUAAUAUUAAGUGCCUUUGGUUCAGAGAGGUGGUCAUAAGCUCUGUUUCCCCCUCUCCCCAAAGCCUUCAGUGAAUGUGAAAUGUGUGCUAAAAGGGGAAACCUGCUUAAUUCUAGGUAUAGGGGAAAAUGAAUGAGGACCUUGAAUUAGCUAUAUUCAGGAUAUCUUGUAUUUUGUAAUAGGGAAUAGGAAACCUUGUCAGCUAUGGGUUAUCAGAUGCUUUGAAUCAUGCACUAUGUCGAAUAAACUUAACUGUUAAAUCAGG